CAUUAAUCAAUCCGCGCCGAAACCACCAUGAAUCAUACCGACGCGCCGUCUUUCGAAAGGCGGCGUUCCAACGAGGACUAUGACGGGCCCUCGGGCGACCGUUCGCCAUUUCAAGCUCCAGAUGCCGACGAACUGAAUGAGCGCCCCACGCCGCGCCAGUACGCCGACGCCGACAUGGAAGACGCGCGCGACAGGAGCAGGUCUCCUUCUCGGUCCAGAUCUCAAUCCAGACAGUCGUCAUCCUCGCGAUCGCCGCCGCCGGAACGCUCGCCAAGCGUCGACCUGCCGGACAAACCAACGGAGCUGCGAUACAAGGCAAAGUUGAAGCUUGGAGGUCACAAAAAAGGCGUGUCUUGCGUAAGAUUCUCUCCGGAUGGGCGAUGGAUAGCCAGUUCCUCCGCGGACGCUACGAUUAAGAUUUGGGACGCGAAUACCGGAAAACUACAACACACUCUCGAAGGCCACAUGGCUGGUAUUUCCAUAGUCGCAUGGGCGCCAGACUCAAGGAUAAUUGCAUCUGGCUCGGACGACAAAUACAUCAGGCUGUGGGACGCCAUCACGGGCAAGGACUUGUCGGUUCCUUUUGUAGGCCACCACAACUACGUAUACUCCCUGGCCAUCUCGCCAAAGGGCAACAUGCUUGUCAGCGGCUCCUAUGACGAGGCUGUGUUCCUGUGGGACGUCCGCACGGCACGUGUCAUGCGCUCGCUUCCCGCACACUCUGACCCGGUUGGCGGCGUCGACUUUGUGCGCGACGGCACAAUGGUCGUCAGCUGCUCCAGCGACGGCCUAAUCCGUGUCUGGGACACAUCGACUGGCCAGUGCCUGCGCACCCUUGUCCAUGAAGACAACGCUCCCGUGACUUCCGUCCGCUUCUCGCCCAAUGGAAAAUACAUACUCGCGUGGACACUGGACUCCUCCAUCCGGUUAUGGGACUACAUCACUGGCAAGGGCAAAUGCGUCAAAACGUACCAGGGCCAUCAGAACAGCAAGUACAGCUUGACUGGCGCGUUUGGAGUUUACGGUACAGCACCCUACCAGUACGCUUUCAUAGCCAGCGGCAGCGAGGACGGCAGCGUCAUCCUGUGGGACGUUAGCAGCAAGAACAUCAUGCAAAAGCUAGAGGGCCAUGAGGGGCCAGUCUUGAGCGUGGACACGCACCCCACGGAGCCCUGGAUUGUGAGCGCCAGCUUGGACAGAACUAUCAGGAUCUGGAAAAUGGAGUCCGAUGCUCCUCCGCAGCCCACAGAGAGUGGACCGUGAGCUACCAAAAGAAAACAGCCAUCGUAAUGAUUCCUUUUUGGCGUAUGGUCACCAAGAAUCUUGCGUCGGUAUAUGUAAGUCUUUGGCGCCAUGAGUGGUAGGGUCAGAGGUGGCAUAUAAGAGCCCAUAGCGUUUGGGCAGACCUGAUGAUGCAUGCACUCGAGAGCUUGGAGGUCUUCGAUUCCUAUAGAUACCCAUAUUUUGAUAGAAGAAAACAACUUUUUGUGUGC